CUCCCCAGCUUCCCGUGGGUCCCCCUCAGCCUCCCUCCCACUGCCUUCCUCUUCUCCUUCACCCACCGGAGGCCACACACCCUCCAUCUCACAGAUGCUGCUGCCGCUGCUGCUGCUUCUACCCCUGCUGUGGACAGGGUCCCUGACUCAGGGCUCAGAAUUCUGGCUGCAAGUGCAGGAGACGGUGAAGGUGCAGGAGGGCCUGUGCGUCUCUGUGCCCUGCCGCUUCUCCUACCCCUACUCCCCAUCCUACUGGACCUCGUCUUCCCCUGUUCAUGGCUACUGGUUCCGUGAAGGGGCCAGUGCACACCAACAUGCUCCAGUGGCCACAAACAACCCAGGUCGUAAAGUGCAGGAGGAGACCCAGGGCCGAUUCUACCUCCUCGGGGAUCCCCGGGCCUACAACUGCUCGCUGGACAUCAGAAGUGCACAGAGAAGGGACUCGGGGACAUACUUCUUCAGGGUGGAGAGAGGGUCUUCUGUGAGCUACAGUUACACACAGAACCAGCUCUCUGUGCAAGUGACAGCUCUGAACCACACACCUGACAUCCUCAUCCCGGGGACCCUGGAGUCUGGACACCCCAGGAACCUGACCUGCUCUGUGCCCUGGGCCUGUGAGAGGAGCACACCGCCCAUCUUCUCCUGGACGUCAGCUGCCCUCACCUCCCUGGGUCCCAGGACUCACCUCUCCUCAGUGCUCACCCUCACCCCACGGCCUCAGGACCAUGGCACCAACCUCACUUGUCAAGUGUACUUCCCUGCAGCUGGUGUGAUCGUGGAAAAGACAGUCCAGCUCAAUGUCACCUGUGCCGCACAGAACCCAACAACUAGUGUCUGCCUGGGACACAGCCCAGGGAAACUGGGGAUCUGGUCAGGAGUGAUUCUAGGUGCCGUUUCGGGAGCUGGUAUCACCAUGCUGCUUGUUCUCUGCCUCUGCCUUAUCUUCUUUGGAGUGAAGAGCUGCAGGAAGACAGCAUCCCGGAGAGCAGUGGGCAUGGACGGCAGCCCCCCGGUUGUAGAGCCAGCUCCCCUGGAUUACCAGGAGGAGUCCAAGUCAGACCUCCCUGCUGACCCCACAAGCUCUGCAGGAGUGCCCCCCACCUCAGAAAUGGAGCAGGACCUGCAUUAUGCCUCUGUCAGCUUUCACAGAAUGGAGAAGGACACCUAUGCAGAAUACUCAGAGAUCAUGACCCAAUGAGGAACCAUCUGGCCCAUCAGUCUUGGAGAGAGCAUCCAUACCCUCCAGGAAGGGGGACUAAAGCCUGAUUCUUGGAGAGUUAACAACCCCAUAGGCAAUGGAUUUACAAACUCCUGAAUGUGAGUUUCCUGCUAUAUUGAAACUAAGGCUUUACAAGCAGAGAGGCCUGGGGUGGAAUCCAUGCUUUCAUUUAUCAACAGUAUGACAUCAGGCAAACCAUUUUACCCCUCCAUGACUCGAUUUCCUGCUUUGCAAAAUGGAUGUAAGAAGUCCCACCUCACAGUGUUGCCACGAGGAGUAUAUAAAAGUGCAUAUAGAAAAAACCCAGCAGAAGCUCUGAUGCACUGUGAGAGUUUGGUGCCCACUAGUUCCUUCCCCCUUGAACAGAAAGGUGUUGGUGACAUUUCACCUAGAGACUGAGUGUUUUCUGUCUGGGACACCAUAUCAGCAAUGUGUCAGUCUCACUUUCAAAACCCUUCCAUGUUGUAAUCAUUUUGUAAUAUAUACAUAUAGCAAACCAUUACAUUGUAUAAUUUAACUCACAUAAUGUUAUGUGUCAACUAUAUCUCAAUAAAGCUGGAAAAAAUAAACU